GAGAGAGAGAGAGAGAAGGUGAACAUAUGGUCCCAAUGCUUCCCGAGUUUUUUUCAUGGCUUCGUUCAUUGCUGGCGAUAUAUAUACAAAUGAAUGUGAAAAAUAGAAAACGAAGAAAACGACGACAAAGUAUCCCUUUAAGUCUUUUUCAUGUUUAUGUCCCUAUGAAGAAACCGGUUUAUUUCAUGUUUGCAAGACGAACUUCCCUCAAAGUGAAAAAAGGAAUAUCAACUGGCGGUUUAUUUACCAUUUCUCUCUUUCUCUUGUGCUCGCGCGCGCGUGUGCGAGAACGUGUUUUACAUUCCUCGAAUCUGGCUACCUAUAUCACGUAGGAUUCUCUGGAAAAUAAUAGUAGGGAGGUACAGUAAAGAACAACAAAGACGCAUAAUAGGAAUAAUCUUUCUCCUUCGUGUAAUUUACAUUUACACCUUUAAAAUUAUCUGUAGAUUUUAAUUUACAUAAAUAAUAUAUUUUUAUAUAAAGUUUGAUAAUUGCAGAAUAAUAAUAAUGAUUUGAAUAUCAAGACUAUAUCCACUAUUCAUUAUUAUCGUCCGCCACUGUACUCAAAGUUAAGCGAAGAACUGCUGCGAUGGUAGGAGAGGUAAGAAAGAAGGAUGCUUGAGGGCGACCUACAGAGGGAGAGGGAAAAAGAAAAAGAGGAGAAGAAAUGGCCGACUUGUGAUGAAAAGAGAGGAGAAAGGGAGAGAAGAACGAACCUACGUUCGUAGCGUCGCUCAACGAUGAUCCUCAUUCGGUUUUCAGUCACGUUCUUGCAAUUGCGACUCUCGCCUUUCGUCUCAUUUUUUGCUUACGUCGUUGACCCCCUUGUAUUUCUUUCGUCAUUCCCCCAACCUUCCCUCUUUAAAGAAAGGAAUAAGAAAGUAAUCGAGUGCAUCGUGUUCAUAUUUGUGUGUCCUUCGGACGUACGAAAGGAGCGAGAAAGUCAAAACGGUGUAUAUACCCAUUUUACCAAAGGUUUGAGAGGAGAAAGAAACAAGAAGAAAAAGAAGAAAGAUCAUAUAAGUCGAGUGUAAUACAUUAAAAGGCGCUGGCGCCAAUUGGUAACGAUUCUCAUCGGCUGUAAUUAAAAAGCAUCCGUGUGCGCGCGCGUGUGCCUGGGUUGCGUGUGUGCGCAUGCCGCACAAUGACCGCAACGUACGCGAAUGAGUCGACGAGUACGAUCGGUUCCGAGGAACGCAAAACUGCGUGGAUGUUCGAAGAAGCGCGCGGAGAGAAAGGUUCGAUUGCAGCCGCAAGGGUGAGCCACGAAGGGGCGGGAGAGGGUGCCCAAUCGGAGGAAUUACUCAGGACAAUGAAAAAUGAGAUCGAACAAGAGAAUUUAACAGUAGCAAUCGAAACUUCUUAUCUUUCUUAUCAAACUGAAUCCAAUAGAUCAUCAGUGAUUUUCGAGAACGAAACGAAAAGAAAAGAUGAAAAAAUUGAAGAGAACAAAGAAUCUUCGCGGUAUUGUGAAGAGAACAUUGAACAGGUUUCUACAACUGAAAUAACAGAUGAAUCCAAAGGAAAAUUCUCAACCGAAAGGGAUCUUUCGCAAAGCAAAGAUUCUUCGAACACGAGUUUCCACGAGAAAUCGAUCAGAAUCGAUGAAGGAUCGCUCGAAAAUGUACGACAAUCAAUCAAGAAAGAACUGACGAUUGUUGAAGAUGUAAAAAGUUUCAACUCAAAAAGAGUACUUUUCACGCACGGUACAUUAGAAAUUAUCCAUAAUGCUAUAAUCGGAGAGGAAGAGAGAAAGGGAGAGGAAGAGAGAAAGAGAGAGGGAAAGAAGAAAGAAGAAAAAAUAAAUUCAAAAAACGAGUCGUAUGAUCCAGAGACUGAACUUGAUUUUCACGAGGCUGUACGUACUGGCGAUGCGAAGUGCGUCACAACACUUCUUGCAACUGGUCGCGUCCAGAAUCUCGACGAACCGGAUUGGAACGUCUCUGGUGAUCCGCCCUUGCUGGUUGCCGCCACGAAUCAUUGUAUAUCUGUGCUUAACGUAUUAUUAGCCAACGGAUGUGAUCCAGGCGUGCGUUCUCCUCGCGGGGAAACUGCAUUACACAGAGUUAUACUCAACGGAGGGCCAGGAAAUGUUCUAAAUUUCGUGGGAGAACUUCUAAAAUAUGGUUGCCCUGCUGGAGUUAAAGAAGCCGGAGGUGGAUUGACAGCGUUGCAUGUUUUAACACGACAGCUGGCCCAUGCUCAAAAUUCGAAGAGCCUUAAUCAUGAUUAUGAAGCGGCGCUGAAAACAUUGGAUUUGCUGGCAAAGGCAGGACCUGUCAAUGCCAAAGAUCAUCAAGGUCGGAGUGCGUUGCAUAUUUUGGCGUCCUCCACAGUAUUCGAUAAUAACCAUAGAACGGAAAUAGAAUCAUUAAUAGAGACUCUACUGGCGGCAGGAGCGAAUCCUGGUUUAAAAAACGAUCGCGGAGAAAGUCCAUUGCACGAAUGCCUUGAGUGUGGUGCCUUGAACACUGCACUUUUGUUAAUACCUCAUACAUCACCUGGUAUAAUGUCGCGUUACGGUGAAACACCGUUGCAUAUUGCCUCGAGAAAGAACUACGUCGAUAUGGUAGCAAAACUACUAGAACAUGGCGAGGAUCCUAGCGUGCAAGAUGUCGGUGGCAAUACACCCCUACAUCUUGCUUCUGCAAGAGGCUUCCAUCGAACAGUUUCUCUUUUAGUUACGUCGCCUCUUGCUCAAUUGGAAAAGACAAAUUUGGAUGGUUUAACAGCCCUGCAAGUUGCUGCCGAAAGUGGUUUUGUUAACGCUGUAAGACUUCUUUUGAAGGCUGGAGCUGAUCCAAGUCAAACGAUACAUUAUUGUACAACGACUCUACAUCGUCAUCCAGAUAUUUCGAUUUUGAUAGAUCAUGAAUUGACGAGACGUCGUCAACUUGCUGCUUGAUUAUCCAUAUGAUUGAUGAUAAAUCCUCCAGAUUUUUCUAUUCGACUUUCUUUCUCGAAUACACAUGAUUGUUUAAUAAUCGGUGUUAUCAUUUGUUAUUGAAUGUUCUAUUAGGAAUCUGUUGAUGCUCUAUUUACUUGAUAUUGUGAUGUUAAGAAGACGUGCGAUUAAAUAAUGAUAAAAAGAACAAUAGAUAUUCGAAGAUUGUGUGAUAUUGAAUUAGAAUUAUAUCAUUCGAUUUGUUACGUAUGUUAUAUAUAUGUACACACACACCGUACGCCCGCGCGCGCAAGCACACUCAUAGCACACAUUAAUUGAAAAUAAAGUCUGUUACAUCGACAUGUAGAAUGUUAUUUCAAAUCUUAAUGUCAAUACCGUAAUGUUUUAAACUGAUAUGUAAACCACCAGUAAUACAACGUAUGUUCUUAAAAUAACAUGAAAUAUUUCUCGGUAAUAUGCGUGCAUAAGAAUUUCAUAAUGACAUUAAAAUACUCGAUAAUAAAAAGAUUUAAUCAAUCAGUUGAAUACAAAGAAGAUCAUACAUUAUAUAUAAAAUAAAUUUAGCUUUGAUAUUUUGCAAUAUGAUUACAUUGUAUUCUUUUUUAUAUUAAACAACAAAGGAAAAUGUCAAUUUGUGUUAAUAAGUAAAAUCAAUCUUUAUCAAAAUUCUCACAGCCUUUAAAUUUGAUCGCUGCAUAUGUUACAUUCUUGCUCAAUUUAAUCUUGCAUCAUACUUAUUUACAAUCUCAUAAAUUAUCAUUUUUUAACCAUAUUCACAUUUUUCACAUGUUGUAAAGCAGUAUAUAAGAAUUGUAGCAGUGGUGAUUAUAAGAUUUAUUGGGAUCGACUGGUCAAUUGCGUAAUGAUUUAUAGUCGAUCGCCAUUAAUUACCAAUUCUUUUCUAUCCAUAUAUUCUAUUACGUUAGCAUGUCAAGUAAUUGUGAAAAAAAAUGUAAUAUUUUUUAAUAUUGAUAUUUAUUUAAAAAUAAACUGCGGUUAGAUUUGCAUUUAAAAAAGCACAUAUCUAAGAAAAAAUAGUAGGCCACUACUUAAUUAUAGCUCAUAAAUGUUUUCGACAUUUCUCCUGAAAUUAUUAUAAAAUUUAAUUUUAUAAAUAUCUUCAAGAUUUUACAUAAACGUAAUACAUAAAUAUUGAAAUAUUUAAUCAAAUAUUGCAAAAAUACAAAUAUGUUAGCAAUUCCGGAAAUAAAGGAAAUUAAAGCAGAUUAUGAAAUAUGAUGUAAUACUGUUACAUAUUUAUAAUUAUAUGUGUAGUUUUAUGUGUGCUCUACAAACUAUUUGUAUAUAUUAAAGUAAAUUCAAUAUACAUAUAUCGCGCGAUUAUGUAUGCAUCUAUGUAUGUAUGUACAUUGUUAUAAUUUCUAUAAAUUGAGCAUCAUCUUUGAAUUUAUUUUUUCACAAGAAAAAAUAAAAGACUUUCAUAAUUAAUAUUUAGGACUGUUUGAAAAUCUAUACUAAUUUAGAAUUCAUGAUGCAAUGAAAUCUAUUUUGGCACAAUAAAAAUAUUUACGACUAUUUGUACAUUUACAAUAAAUAUCAUCAUUAUAACAACGCCGCGUAAAAUUAAUUCUUUAAUCACAACAUUUUCAUUGUUACAGAUAAAUAAUUAUUUUCGUAGAUUAAAAAAAUACUACAUGUACUAAAAUACAAAUCAUUAACAUCAUUAAUGUUGGUUGUAAAUGGCAUAAUAAAUAGUGCAAUGAAAUGUAUAAAUCUUUUUAAUUAUAGUUUUUACAUUAACAUUCAACUGAUAUUAAUAUAUGAAAUACUAUUAUUGAAUAAUAACAAAUUAUAUCAUUUGAAUCAUGCAUUUGGAUAAAAAUACUAAUGAAAUGUUAAAAUCAUUUAUAUAAAAUGAGAUAUAUUUUAAUUGAAAAAUUUUUAGAAUGUGAAAAACGUAUUUAAAGUCAUUAAUAUUUGUUUUUAUACAAUUUUACACAAUUAUGAUAAUUAGAUUUGUAUGCCAUUGACAAAAGUAAUUUGAUCUAAUGAUAAAAACACAUAAAAUUUUUGUCAUUAGAUAAAAGUACAAACAGUUAGUAAUAUCUAAAUUCUUUGGUUUAUAAUAUGUGGAUAAUUAUAUUAUCCACAGUUAAUAUUAUGAAUAUAAUUUCUAAAUGGACAGAGUAGAAAGCCCAAUAUUCAUUUGCAUGCAUAUGUGCAUGUGUGUAUACAUAACUUCAAUCAUACAGUUAUAUUUUUUUUGCAUACUUAAAAGCAGCGAAAUUUUUACAACAUAUUAUAUUUCUAAUUUCUGUAAUGUAUUGAUAUUUGCAUAAAACAAAUAAUUAGUUAUGAUAAUUACUUUAUAUUUAUGAAAAAUCAAUAAAUAUUUCAAUUUCUAAAUUGA